AACCAGAAAGCUGGUCUGUAGGAUGCCUUGGGCCACCCUAAGGUGGCCUCUCUAGCGGCCUCGGUUUCCCCACCUGCUAACUUGGAUCAAUGACGCCUGCGCGCGGCACCCGGGGGGUAAGGCUCAGGAUCCAGGAAUGAGGAAGGGUCCCAUGCUCAGCGCAGGCUCGGUGCGGUGCCCCAGGCCCGACUGCUCGGCGCCCCUCCCUCGUCCUCCGCUCUCCCCUCCGCCUCCCCUGCUCCCCGCCCUUGCGUUUCUCCGCUUCAGCUUCUGCUGUCCUUCCCACUUGCUCACGCCUCCCUUGCCGGGGUCCCCACUCGUCGCCGGCUAAACCCCCCGCCAACCCCUGGAGGCCCGGUCAAGCCGCAGCGCGGGCGACCAGUGUGUAGCCCGGCGUCCUCACGGAGCAGGAUAGCCGACCCGCCCGCCACCAGCCAGCUCUGCCCCAGUUUUCCUCUUUGAAGAUGACUAUUUUUGAGCUUCACCUGGACAGAGCUUUGUGCAGCCAUUUCCUUUCCUGGAGCUCUGAGACCCACCUGACGCCUUAACAUCCUCCUCUGACCUGCUGGGGAAUGGAAUUGUUAGAGGAAAGGAUCCAGGGUUCAGGGACAUGUGCAGUGGAGUACGGAAGGUGCCAUGCUGCUGCUCUUGCUGGGCUUCCUAGGCCCGGCGGCCUGCUGGGCACUGGGCCCGGCUGGCCCUGGCUCCUCGGAGCUGCGGUCAGCCUUCUCGGCGGCUCGCACCACGCCGCUGGAGGGCACGUCGGAGAUGGCGGUGACCUUCGACAAGGUGUACGUGAACAUCGGGGGUGACUUCGACGCAGCCACCGGGCGGUUCCGCUGUCGCGUGCCGGGCGCCUACUUCUUCUCCUUCACGGCCGGCAAGGCCCCGCACAAGAGCCUGUCGGUGAUGCUGGUGCGCAACCGCGACGAGGUGCAGGCGCUGGCUUUCGACGAGCAGCGGCGGCCAGGCGCGCGGCGCGCGGCCAGCCAGAGCGCCAUGCUGCAGCUCGACUACGGCGACACGGUGUGGCUGCGGCUGCACGGCGCUCCGCAGUACGCGCUCGGCGCGCCCGGCGCCACCUUCAGCGGCUACCUGGUGUACGCGGACGCCGACGCCGACGCGCCUGCGCGCGGCCCCGCGGCCCCGGAGCCGCGCUCGGCCUUCUCCGCGGCGCGCACGCGCAGCCUGGUGGGCUCGGACGCUGCCCCCGGCCCGCGCCACCGGCCGUUGGCCUUCGACACCGAGCUGGUAAACAUAGGUGGCGACUUCGACGCGGCGGCCGGCGUGUUCCGCUGCCGCCUGCCGGGAGCCUAUUUCUUCUCUUUCACGCUGGGCAAGCUGCCGCGCAAGACGCUGUCGGUGAAGCUGAUGAAGAACCGCGACGAGGUGCAGGCCAUGAUUUACGACGACGGCGCUUCGAGGCGCCGUGAGAUGCAGAGUCAGAGCGUGAUGCUGCCGCUGCGGCGCGGCGACGCCGUCUGGCUGCUUAGCCACGAUCACGAUGGCUAUGGCGCCUACAGCAACCACGGCAAGUACAUCACUUUCUCCGGCUUCCUGGUGUACCCUGACCUCGCCGCCGCAGGCCCGCUGGCCCUCAAGCCCCCAGAGCUCUGAGCCUCUGUUUGGAGGAGCCCGGGAGAGCCGUGGGGCAUGCAUGCCGAGCCGGGACCGCGGCCCGAAUGCCCCACCGGUCCGAGCAUGACUGCCUGCUCAGCAGGCCUGGACUCUGCCAAUAAAGUGGGGCUGCCUGUCAGCCUUAUGGCCCUA